CUGCAUUUUCCCAGCCUUUUGUCAGAGCUCCUUGUCAGCCCUGCAGAUUGAUGAUCGGAUUUUAUUCACACACACCUCUCAGACGGAGGAACAACCGAAAAGGUUAUCAAAAUGCCAGCCGGCCUCUGUGGAACAUGGGACAUGAUCAGCAGUGUCAACUUAGAGGGCUACAUGAUUGCACUGGGUAUAAGCCGAAUGGUGCGAAAGAUUGCUGUGAAACUGAGGAUGAGGAAGGUGAUUGAGCAGCAGGGGGACCAGUUCAUUAUCAAAACUAUCAGCACCUUCCGAAACUACACCAUCGCCUUCAGAGUGGGUGAGGAGUUUGAGGAGUUCACCCAGGGACUUGACAGCAGACAUGUCAAGUCACUGGUGACAUGGGAGGGGAAUAAACUGGUAUGUGAGCAGACUGGGGAGAAGAAGAAUCGGGGCUGGGCUCACUGGAUUGAAGACGACAAGCUGCAUCUGGAGCUGUACUGUGAAGGGGAAGUCUGCAAGCAGAUUUUUAAGAAAAAUGUGAGCGAGUGAAGAGAAAAUAAAGUUGUAUUUCUGGAGAAGUUACUCUGUGAUGAGAGGCGUCAUGUGCUGGAUCCAUUACUGUAAAACUGUGAAUAACAAAACCAUGCUUAAAGUUAAGUUUGUGGUAUACUCUCUGUAAUGGGACAUCAACGCACAGUCUAGGCUUUCCUGUCAGGGUAUGGAUUUAUACCACUAGAUGGCAUCAUUGCAUUAUAUUUGUCAGAUACUUACUGGUCUGACUGUUGUUUUUACAGUCUAUGGUCUGUAGCUAAGUGGUGCUGGGCCUCAGAAGUCUGUUUUUGGCUCUUUUAAGCUGGCUUGAGACUCAAUGCGGGCUCUGUUUGGUGCAAACUUUUUGUAUCCUUUACAUCUAUUACCUGAUGGGACAAAUUUCUAAUACCACAUUUUCUUUGCACUGGCUUGUGCUGUCCAUGUGACAUUUGGUUGAGAUAUUUGUCACAUCCCUCAUUCAUGUAGAUACAUUUAUGUACAACACAGUGAAGAACAAUUUUAUGUGAAUUUUGUUUAAUAAAAACGUUUUUUGA